AUGCAAUUCUCUCUUCUCUCUAUUGCCGCUCUGGCCACCACUGCUGCCGCUGGCGGCAUCAACUGCAAUGGAUCUGGCUACUGCAAGAUCAACCCUGGCGCUUCUCUCCAAAUGGUCCACGACCAGGUUGGCAACUUGAUUGCUGCUGGUGGCGGCGAUCGCCACUUCAACGGCGGUGAGAACAUUGCCUGCUCUCACGGAUCCAUGGGCUCUGUCUGCGCUUUCUACCAGAACGGCGCCUCCGGAUCUGCGAAGGACGCCUACAAGCAGCUCCAGGACCUCAUGAACCACGGCUGCAAGCUUUGCGGUUCCAUCCCUACCCAGCCUGGCAACGACGUCAGCAAGGGCGAGCUCACUGUCAACUACGUUACCAACCCUGGCUGUGAGGGUGAUUGCCACGUCUAA